AAAUUGUUCAGUUUUUGUCAGAUGUUCGAUAAAAUGUACCAGAAAAAUGUGAUGAGUGUUUUAUAUCUAACACUGUUUAUCAUAAGUUGGUGUGAUGCAGUCGUUGAGGGGAAAUAUAUUUUGGACCAGCAUAGGUAUGAGAGUCUGGGGUUUAUUGGAAAAAAGCCAACUUUCUCAAAAAAAAUUUAUAUAGCUAAUAUUGAUGGAAUUUCACUGGAAUUGGAGGGCGCUAUUUCCCUUGACAACUGCCACGCGAUGGAAACAUUCUUUGAAAUAGAUACGAGUUAUGCCGAUUAUCUUCCAUUGACAAAUAACAAAUCUCUUGUCCUCGGAAGCAACUGCACAUUAUUCUUUCCAAAAAUAUUCAUAAAGAAUAAGCCGUUCACCGAUGACGCUUUCGCAGGUUUCAUCACAGUCAAAGCUAUCUAUAACAAAUAUGUGCUGGAUGUAACCUCGAUCAUUCUUAUGCCAAGAUCCAAUACAAAAAAUUUGAAAAUGAUUUUUGAAGUAGAUGGGGUUGAAUAUAUAAUUCUGAACUAUUUUCACCUGAAGGUUACAUUUAUAUUAGUUUUGGUGAUAACUUUCUCUAUUCUAAUUUUGGAAAUGAAAGAAGUUCAUGACAAAUUCUUCAGAUUUAGAUACAGAAAUUUAGAAACAUAUAUAUGAGGCUAGAAACUAUGUAAAUAGUUACUUGAACGUUGUUUUAUCUUGGUUUGUUUUCGACCAAUUAUGUUUGGAUAUUUAUUAUACAAUAAUUACAUACUGAAACGUAGAUGGGCACCAAUUUUUUUUCAAUUCGACAUCUUUAUAUCUUAAGAAUCCUCUUUAUUACUUAUCAUUUUUAUCACAUUCACUUACUAUCUCAUAACUUUUAGUUGAUCACUAAUUGAACAUACAUCUUCUUUCUAAAAUUAUAUUAUAAUAUUUCUACUUUCUUGCUUCUCUUUUGAGCUUUUUGGAAUACUGAUGAUUUAUCGAUAAUUUUCCAUAUUCAUCAAUGGAUAAUAAAUUGUGGCUGUGUGCUUACUGAAGCAUUAUUCAUCAUACUUCAGUUAUUUUACAUCCCAUAUUAUUUGAAAAUGUGUUUUGUUUUGGGUAACAGAGAUAGCCCGAAUUUUGCUAAGACUGACAUUAGAAAUAAAGUAUUCCAGGCCUUUUGUGGGUACAAAAAAUUAUAGAUACAUUUUGAGUCCAGUGCUUUCAUUACUCACAGUGUAUUUUUCGAAUCUCUCUCGAAGCAUGAAGCCUCCUACUCAAUAUUCAAUUAAUUAUAUUUCCACUUGAAUUAAUGGCGUAUUUUGUUGUUCAUUUUAUAUCAAAACCCUCUAUCCACUCAAACAAACGUUUUAAUGUUUAAUGUUUCAAAUUGUACAGAAAUGGUUAAUAUGUACAUAAUAUUUUUUUAAUAAAUCAUAUAUUUUGAAA